UCCCCUGGAGCUGAGCCAAGCGCUGAACACACAGCCAGGCAUCUCUCUACCUCGUCGACAUCUGAGAGGCGCCAUCCUUCGGUCGACAGUUCUACCUUCAGGUGGUCUGUAUCUAGUGCUGCUGCAUCGCCCGGUCCAUUCCGCAAUCCCAACUUCAAUCCGGAGAACAGCCGACCAACAGCACUGCGCCAUUCGAGUUUUCAAUUUGACGACGGCGCUCUGCAUCGCGGCAGUUAUGACCAGUCCAUGUUCUUGCACGAAGACUUCAACGCUGAAGAGGGUCAGAUGAAGGACCUAAACCUUAAUGAUCGCGGUGAUGACUUUCAGCUUGCCACAAAACCAGGCAUGAAGAGACGCGCCUCGUCUCCGCACAGAGAAUCUUUUCGCGAAGAUCGCUCUUCCAUCAGUAGCGCCCCAGGCAGCAGUGAUCUAUACACCCGCCGCUCUUUACAACAAUACCCUAAUCGUAAUCCGUCCAUUUCAGCGUCGAGGUAUGCCCCGAGCCAUCAAGGUUCAAUAUCUUCUGCCUCGUCGUACAAUCCUCGAAAUGGCUCCUUGGCCUCAUCCUAUACCCUCUCUGUCUCUAGCAGCAAUACAAGUUAUGCCUCGGGACGCAUCUCUCCUGGCAUGAUGUCGCCAGCCAUGGUCGAUCCAGAGUUGGGAGCCAUGGGGUACAUGAAUGCCAAGCCACUGAACAACCCAAGUCCUGCCUCUCAUCAGACCAUGCCGCCCUUUACGCGCACGAUGUCAGACACUCCAAUUCACACAGUUCUGCAAACUCCCACUGAGAGUGCACCGCCGUCACGUCAUAAUAGCCUGCCUGGUGUACAAGGCAUCUAUAUAUGUGAUUGCUGUCCUAAGAAGCCGAAGAAAUUCACUAGCGAAGACGACUUAAGGGCUCAUCACAUGGAAAAGCAAUACUCGUGUCUUUACUGUCCAAACCGGUUCAAAAACAAAAACGAAGCGGAGCGACAUCAAAAUUCUCUACAUCUCCGUCGUCAUUCGUGGUCGUGUGCGGCACUUAACACUAUCGAAACGGUCUUCCACACAUCACCCACCACGAAUGGAGCAACAGACAUCUGCGGUUACUGCGGCGAAGAAUUUCCAAAUCCCGCAGACUGGAACCACCGUCGUGAUCACAUCCUCCAAACACACAAAUUUGGCGAGUGCAAUCAAGCAAAAAAGUUCUUCCGCGCAGAUCACUUUCGCCAACAUCUGAAGCACAGCCACGCAGGGACGAGCGGGAAAUGGACCAAUAUGCUAGAAACGACAUGCAUGCGCGACGAACCACUACCACAACCAAUGUCUAUGGCGGGGAAUAUGCACAGUAAUGGUCCGCCGACGAUGUCUAUGAUGGGCAUGGCGAAUACAGCGGGACCGCCUAUGGGCGGCAAACCAGAUGUGAUUACAGAAAUGCCGCAUGAAGCAUGACACUGUAUGAUGACAGGACGAAACAAGACGGUGGAAACGAGAUGCUCGUACACCAAGGAGGGACCUAUCAUCAUUCGUCACAAACGCUAUAGAAUCACAUGCAUAGAGGUCAGCAAUGACCGCAAACCACCGCCACCUUUGAGGGACCAUGCGGAGAUCAUAUAAGAUAGCCCGCGAUUGUUCCUCUGCUUAAUGGCGACCCCCAACAAUAUAUCAUGACGAUCGGAAGCAUAGAGCUACUAGAUCAAAAAGUAGAUUUCCUUCCACACGGGGAGGAGAGGAAGCAUUAAUACAAUGAGUUGGACAAUUUUAUCGGUCGACUUGUACUUUUUUUUAACAGACUGUUUGUUGCUCGUACGCUAUACUAACGUGUCUUUCGGGCACUUCUCUGUAACCCUUGCAGAGAAGAAAGUCUAAAACAGAGGCUCCAGUAUUUACAGAACGACC